AUGGCCAAACCCGUCUGGCAGGGCAAUCACCCCGUCCGCCAAAUCAAUCCCGCACGACCGUUCUACCGAUUCUGCGCAACAGGAUUAGGAGCUGCGAUGUGGUUCUUCCUGUUCUACCGAGCGAAGCAAGACGGACCUGCCUUGCUCGGAUUGAAGCACCCUUGGGACCAUUAG